UUGUUUGCUAUUUCUAGUUAUUCUCUGCAUGUCGGCUACUUCCCGGUGUCGACAACUGACUGUAAUUUAAUGAAUGUAAGGCUGCACCCACGUGGUUUGAUCGAGGAGACUGCAGAUUCUUUUGUUCAAAAUCAAUCAAAAACGAGGAAGACGGACAGAUAGGAGAGGAGCAUCAGAACCAGGAAAUUCUUCCGUCAGAUUUCUAGCGAACGUUAGCGAAAAAGAGACCGUAAAAGUUUUAGUUUCCACUCCAACUUUAGCUAGCCACCUGAGAAAGAGAAAAAGUUUUUCACCGUUAUUGUAUACUCGAGCUACAAUGCCACGCAAGAAGGUGACUGAUGCUUCAGGGAAUGGUGGGAUGAAGCGGAAGAGAGGUGGGGGCAGGAAGAAAGACAGAGAUUUCAGCAGCGACGACGAGUUUGAUGACUUUGAGCAGGAAAACACAAAGAAGCCCGGGAAACCCACCUCCAAGUCCGGUUUGCAGCCGGUCACUGUGGCCGACGACGUUAAAGAAAAGAUCAAACUUGAAGGCUCCAAGGUCAAAGGGCAGCUGCUGAUCUUCGGAGCCACAAACUGGGACCUGAUUGGAAGGAAAGAGGUGCCAAAGCAGCAAGCGGCCUACAGGAACCUGGGGCAGAACCUUUGGGGGCCGCACCGGUACGGCUGUCUGAGUGGUGUGCAGGUGAGCUGUGUGGUGUCAGGACCCUGUGCGGCUCACAGCCUCCUCAUCACUGCUGAGGGAAAGCUCUGGAGCUGGGGACGCAACGAGAAGGGUCAGCUGGGUCACGGGGACACCAAGCGCAUCGAGGCACCGAAGCUGGUGGAGGCCCUGGCUGAGGAGGUGAUCGUGGCAGGGGCGUGCGGGCGCAACCACACCCUGGCACUGACAGAGAACGGUACCGUCUACUCGUUUGGAGAGAACAAACUGGGCCAGCUCGGCCAUGGAAACCAGACGGAUGCAGUCCCAACCCCGGCGACAAUUCAGUACAACGGGCAGCCCCUGGUUAAGGUGGCAUGCGGGGCGGAGUUCAGCAUGGUGGUGGACUGCAAGGGCAACCUGUACUCCUUCGGCUGUCCCGAGUACGGCCAGCUGGGGCAUAACUCGGACGGGAAGUUCAUCGCCCGUGCCCAGCGCAUUGAGUUUGACUGCGAGCUGAUCCCACGCCGCGCUGCUAUCUUCAUUGAGAAGACCAAGGACGGCCAGGUGCUUCCUGUGCCCAACGUGGUGGUCAGGGACGUGGCCUGUGGCGGGAACCACACGCUGGUGUUGGACUCUCAGAAGCGGGUGUUCUCCUGGGGAUUUGGGGGUUACGGGCGACUGGGUCACACAGAGCAGAAGGAUGAGAUGGUGCCCCGCCUGGUCAAGCUCUUUGACUUCCCUGGUCGUGGGGCAUCCCAGAUCUACUGUGGGUACCAGUGCUCCUUCGCAGUCAGUGAGAUGGGAGGGCUCUUUUUCUGGGGCGUGACCAACACCUCUCGGGAGUCUACCAUGUAUCCCAAGGCUGUGCAGGAUCUUUGUGGCUGGAAGAUUCGGAGCCUGGCCUGUGGGAAGAGCAGUAUUAUCAUCGCUGCAGAUGAGAGCACCAUCAGCUGGGGCCCCUCCCCCACCUUCGGAGAGCUGGGAUACGGCGAUAACAAGCCCAAAUCCUCCACCACUCCCCAGGAGGUGAAGACCCUGGAUGGUAUUUACUCUGAGCAGGUGGUGAUGGGAUACUCACACACCCUGAUCAUUGCUCGUCAGGAGACGGAGCAGGAGCAGGAGAGGCUGAAGAAGCUGCCAGAGUACAACCCCCGCAUGCUCUGAUUGGCUGCCAGUCCUUGACCUUUUCACCUCUCUUUCCAAGAGGCAACUGAUUUCCAUUACAGAAUGCACUUGUCCUCUAGGUCACCUGUGUAGUCACGGUGGUGGUGUGGGAGGGGAGAGCGGUAAAUAAGAUGAGGACACAAGCAUACUACAGCUUUAGAAAUAAGAAAAAAGCAACACACUUCACAUGUUAACACUUCAAUUUGGAUGAGCUCACCUGUGAAAACAGGCCGCCAAUCAAACUGGAGCCACCGUCGGGUGAACGGCUCCUCUCCUCUCCCACCUCUGUCACGACAGAAACUCUGGCCACAGGUUCGCUCAAGCCUCCCUUGAAUCGCAGAUCUCCUCCUUCCAUCCUUGAAGAUUUCAGCCCAAGGGUUCCAUGUUUUGUAUGUUCUUAGUUUUCCUUUUUAUGUGGGCCAUGUGACCUGAUCCAUGUCCAUUCUUUCCAAACAAUGGGUGCUAUAAGGCGUCAGUACAGCCGACGCCGCUGGGCAAAUCUAACGAGCAGGUGGAGGGAUGGCUCCAAGCCCCAACACUCCAUAUUUGUGCCUUUUGUUUUUUUAAAGUGACGUAUUCGAGGAUGAGGCUGUGCUUUGUUGUCACAGAGAAAUCGAUAUUUGUUGUUUCUGUGUAAUCUUAAUAUGUGUGUUCCUGUAACAGUGUUUCUGUGCUCACGGUUUUGCUCUAUGUCCACGCUGUCAGUUUUGUUUAAUACAGACAGGUGGCGAGAGGCAGAUUUUUCAGGGCUAUUCAAUCUUUGCGAAUUGUGGUUUGAUCUCCAUUUUAGCCUGUGAAUUCAUGUAAGUAUUACUUCUUUCAGUUUGUAACACAUGGUCUCAAUUGCUGCAGAAGUGAACAAAAAAACCUACGGAAAAAAGUGCUCCUGAAUUAAGGGACAAACUGCAAAGCAGGAAGUGUGAGUAGGCUUCUGCCUGUUGCCAUUUUGCAAAACCUGUUACAUUCCUAUUACUACUUUUUUUUUUCCUUAAUUGUUCCUUGAAUGGGUUGAUUUUUGUGUGCAGAGAGGCUGCAGGAUGUUGAGCACAGCUGUCCAGGUCUUCAAGAUCAAAAUGACAGACAUUUUUAAAAGACAUCUUGUGUUAACAUUAAUUAUGUGUACCAGUUAAUGACGUCUUCUCCCAAAAUUGAUUAUCAGUUUGUAUUGGCAGGGUAUGUUCCAUGGAGUCAGUUGGCCUGUUUCUUGUUCUGGGUUUAUGGAUUUUUUUGUACUUUUUUGACUGUUUUUUUUUCAUGGAAAUGUUAAUUAAAGGUUCACGUAAGUUGGUUGUGUAUUUUUUCUCUCUCUGUAUGGGGAAAAAUUGGUAAUGAAAAGAUU